UUGUUAAACCUAAGACGGCGCAUCCAAUAUGGAGGAAUUAUAGCAAAUCAACCGAAUCACUUCAAAUUUGGUACAGGGUGGGGCAGUCAAAUCCCCUUCUUUCAAAUAGUUCGGAAAAAAGUACUGAAAGCGAGGAAGGGUGGGGGUUUGACCUUUGCGUUUUAGGUAGUGGGAAGUUUAGUAGCCAUGCAGCGUUGGACCAGAGAACAACGAGGUUUCGCCGUUAAAGCGUUUUACCUGAAUUGUGAAAGCUACGUAGGCGCGCAACGAGCGUUCCGUCGACAUUUUAAUCUCUUGUCUCGAGCUCCUGUACCUGACAGAAAAACCAUUAAGAAUUGGAUUGAAAAUUUGGAAACAACAGGUCAGACAACGAAGAAAAGAGGAGGUACAGCAAGGACUAUUCGCACUCCUGAGAAUGUGGAAGCUGUGCGAGUUGCGAUCGCAAGAAGCCCUCGAAGAUCUGCUCGACGCCACAGCAUUGCUCUGUUUCUUCCAACAAGAUGGUGCGACUAGCCAUACGGCAGCAAUCUCUAUGAAUUUUCUGAGAGCCCGAAUCGGGUUAUUAGCAGAAAUGGGGAUGUUCCUUGGCCUCCGCGAUCGCCGGACCUCAGUUCCUGUGACUACUUUCUAUGAGGCUAUUUAAAAUCGAAGGUUUUCACUACUCGCCCACCAUCCCUAGAACAGUUGAAAGUGCGGAUUGAAGAAGAAGUUCGUGCCAUCAGCCCACAGAUACUGCAACGAGUUAGUGAAAAUUUCUGUACAAGACUUACAACAUGCUUGGAAAAUAACAGUCGUCAUUUACCAGACAUGAUUUUCAA